AUGUUUAGAACAACUAGAUAUAUUAUAAAUACACCAAGAUGUAAUAGUAGUGUUGUAGUUGGAAGACUGCCACUGCCACUGCCACUGCCACUACUGCCUCAGCCCUUGCUAGCAACAACUUCCACAUCACACUUCUCCACCACAACCACCACACUUGUAACAAAGACACCAUCUUCACAUUUCACAACAACUACAUCAUCCCAUCUUCUGCCACUGCCUCAGCCUCAUCAUUCAAACAGAUACUCCUAUCUCAACUACAGUACAACAAACAUCAACAACUCGAACGAUCGAACAAACUAUAACAACAACAACAACUCAAACAACAACAACAACAACUCAAACAAGGACAACAAGGACAAUAACAACAAAAAGAAUGGUAAUGGUGGAUACAAGGUAAUGGUACCAUUGUUGGCUGCAGGCUUUGCCAUUCCACUUUGUAUAUUGGCUGUUAAUGGAAAUGGAACAACACCGCCCAAUGUCGAUGUCCAGAAGAUCUACGCCAACAAGUCUACAUCAGAGUUAAUCUUCAACUAUGUCAUCCUCAAGAUAUGCAGCAUGAAGAUACUCUCUGACAAUGGUCUAUUCAUCAUUGAGACUGCUCAGAAACUUGGACUAAGCAGACCAUUGUACUGGGUCGUCAGGAACACGUUCUUCAAACAGUUCUGUGCUGGAGAGACUAUUGAGGAGACAGAGGAGUUCACAAAUAGAUUGAAUCUACAGGGUAUUGGAACGAUAUUGGACUAUAGUGUGGAGGAUAGUGAGGGUUCGCCAGAGUCGUUUGAUCAUGUGGCCACGAUGAUCAAGCGCACCAUUGCCAUGGCAGCCAAGCACCCCGAGAAGUCAUUCAGCUGCGUCAAGGUCACUGGCCUGACCAACCCCAAGCUGCUCGAGAAGCUCAACACAAUCAUUGCCGCACAUCCCAAGUACACGGCCGAGUUGCUCAGGGACCCCAUGGCAGUGUACUCGCAGGCCGGCACAUUGUCGCAGGCCGAGCUGGUCGAGCUGCAGCAGCUGGUCUCGCGUCUCGACUCCAUCUUCUCUGAGUGCUAUCGCACCAAUGUGCCGGUGCUGGUCGACGCCGAGCAGACCUACUACCAAGCGGCCAUCCAUCAUCUGGCAAUGGCCUUCUCAGUCAAGUACAACACCAACAGACCACUCAUUUACAACACCUACCAGAUGUACCUUGUACAGGGACUGGACACGCUCAAGGAUCACAUGGGCCUGUCCAAGGAGCAGUCCUUCCAUCUGGGUGCCAAGCUGGUACGUGGUGCCUACAUGAGCAGCGAGCGCAAGCGCGCACUUGAACUCGGUCUCGCCGACCCCAUCCAGCCCACCAUCCAAGAGACGCAUCACAACUACUUCACAGCGAUGGAGCUGUUGCUCAAGGAGAGCCCCAACGUCGGCGUGAUGUUUGCCACACACAACGAGCAGUCGAUCCAGUUUGGUGUGGACAGGAUCAAGCAGCUCAACCUGGAUCCCGCCAACCCCAACCUGCAGUUUGGCCAGCUCUUUGGCAUGGCUGACUUCCUCUCGUUUGGCCUCGCCAGCCAGCACCAGCGCGUGUUCAAGUACGUGCCCUUUGGACCAGUGCAAGAGACGCUGCCGUACCUCGUGCGCCGCAUGCAAGAGAACCGUGGAUUCGUUGGCUCCAACAGCGCCAUCGAGACUGGCUUGCUCAUGAAGGAGAUCAAGAGGAGAUUAUCAAUCUUCUAA